ACUGCUACCACGCCAUCUCAUCUUCCGCGCGAAAAAUCCCCCAAAUCCUCUCUUCGUGACGAAACGAUGGAGAAGUACUUAGCUCCAUCGGAAUCGUUGCCGGGAAAUCCUAUACCUAAGUUCAGGAGAUUUUGGAAGAGAUCUUCAAUUGAAUUGAACGGUCGAUUUGAUCCAGAUUACCGACACGAACUGUACUGUCUGCUCGCUCAUUCGUACUCCGAGAUUGGAGUUUUUCCGCAUUUAUAUCACGUGAACGAGGAGCCAUGUCAAACCCAUAUCUCAGAGGUCCAGAAUCAUGCUCGUUUCUGGGGAGGAGUUGCCGGGCUUGAGUUUGACAGACAAGGGAUAUACUUAGUGUCUGUUACAAGAUCAAGAUGCUUGACCGUGCAUGACUUCGAGAGUUUAUAUUGCCAGACUAAGGUUUAUCCAGGUUCUGCGGAAGAUGAAAAUAAGCAUGUUGUGCAUUUCUCUAUGCCUCUAAACCAGGAAUUUGACGUUGUUAGGUGGAAUCCUGGAAACCAAAAUGAGGUGGCCUGUACAUCAAUAAAACGUUCCAAAGUGCUUAUAUUUGAUAUCAGUUAUAUAUCUCCUGAACCAGUUGAGGAACUGCAUACAAGAGCAAAGCUCUCUGUUGUUGGUCGCAAGAUACCUAGAGGUUUAUGUGAUUUAGCCAUUACUAAGGAUGACAACACAAGAGUAAUUUCUCCUGACACACUCGGUUUAGUUAAUGUAUGGGAUAGAAGAGUAGGUGGUCUUCCGCGCAUUGAACUUUCAACGGUUGGAUAUGAUACCAUCAAUAGUGUCCAGAUAAAUGUGGAAAAUCAGACAAUCUUUGGUGCUGGCAAAGAAGGAAUCAUCCAUAUAUGGGAUCUCCGUGGUGGAAGAACCUCUACUGCUUUCCAAGCCCAUAAGGAGGUGCACCUUUUUCCCCUAGCAUCAAUACACCUUGCAACAGAGCUGCAGAAGAUUAGAUCUCUAAGGGAACAAUCACAAAUCGUCCCCAAGGAAAUCCACUCCAUCGAUCUCAACCCAUCUUGUCCUAGUCAACUGGCUUUUCACCUUAACGAUGGAUGGUCAGGUGUUCUGGACAUUUAUAGGUCCAAAGUUACUCAUGUCCAUUGCCCUCCUCCGGCUUGGUUGGAUGGUUCCAACACUCCAACUGAUACAAUCUUGCGAAAACCGUCAUGGCUGCCAACAUCAUCAAUGUACGUAGUUGGAUCGAUGGUUGAGAAAGGGAUUCAUAUUCUUGAUUUUCAUCCGAACUCCAGCUCUCCCUGCCACGUUGACUAUGACGAAGAGGAUUUUCAGAGAAAGGAGAAGACGAGACAGCAAUAUAAGCGUAUAAAUAGGUUUCUUCCUCUAUCGGAGAGUGUCACAGUGUGUGCUGCUCAUCCUCUCAACAGCAUGAUCGUAGCUGGAACCAAGAGAUCAUCGUUGCUGUUGGUUGCUCAGAAGCAUGGCUUGUCAAGAUCAGAAUCCUGAAGCCCAAGUAGUAGAAUCCAAUCUUUAGGCAUAUCGAAAUGCUGAAGAAUGCAUCACGCAGAUCAUAUAUAUAUAUAUAUAUAUAUAUCAACACAGUAAGGUAACAUGUUUUGUUAAAAUCUCCAUUGGACAAAUUGACCUCAUAGGAACAAGAUCUCUGAAAUUUUAGAUCAACUUCAUGUGCCCAAAAGGCCCUUAUCCGAUUAGUUUUAUUAAUAUGAAAGCAGCUCUGUUGUGGACCGUUGAACGUGUACCUGAACUGUUCAACAGAUUCCAACAUUA